GGGCUGGGGGUCACGAAGACUGGGUUGAGAACCAAUAGACUAUAUCUCUCUCCGUCACACCUCAAGUACCAUAAACAUAAAGGCUACAUUGUGAAAGGUAUCCUACAACACAUGACGCUAAUUUGAAGCGUAAGCUUGAUGUGGAACGUUUAUUGGGCGUAUCAUACCCUACACCACGGUUUCACAAGAGGAUGGAAAACUCCGAAACCGAAGAUUAACUCUACCUAAAACGAAUGUCAUACAGGUGUUGACUAUAAUGCAGGAGGUUUACAUCGGCAUUCUUUUUCUACUGAUGCCGUCAAUGAUCCCGUCAACUCUUGAAGACGGCCACAAGGGAGCGCUGGAUAGCUACCAUGUGACCUCAGGCCACUUCUUCCAGCUCUCGUGUGUUGGCUGCAGUGAGGGAUGUGACAGUGUGAACUGGACCAGAGGGGGCGGUCCGGGCCCAGGGCUGCCCCUUGGAGUGGAGGUCAGACAAGACUCGCUGUGGUUCCUACCCGCCCAGCACGACCAUGGUGGACUGUACACCUGUAAGGCCAGCAGGAACGACAAUGAAUCCUGGGAACAUGGAUUUUCUGUGUCUGUGGACCCAGGACCAUGCCCUGAGCCUGACGAGAACCGGUCUCUAACCCAGGGAACAAACGAUUGCAUCCCCUGCAAGCAGGACCAUGUAUUUAUCCUGGACCACAAAGCACGUAUAAGGUGGUUUAAGAACUGCAGGCCAAUGGAUGUUUCUGGAGAUUUGCUGAGAGUCCCUGAAGUGUCCCAAGAGGCUGCUGGAGUGUAUACCUGCAUGGUGGACUUCUCUCUGGAGGGGCACAACUACAAUGCCUCCAGAAGCAUGAGGCUCUCUGUUACCCAUGAUGAAGUUCUUCAGAUGCCUAAGGUGACCUACCCCAAGCAGGAAAUUAUCAUAGUUGAACCAGGUUCCAGUCAGCAGCUAACCUGCCUUGCCUUGGUUGGUGCUGGUGAGGAUGUGGAGGCUAGCCGUGGUUACUGGAAUAUCAAUGGCAAACACAUUGACGAGUUUCAACAGCUCACAGACUCCUGGGAUUUUGUUCACGAAGGGGCAAAUGUUUACCUCCAGUCCACCCUCAACAUCUCCGAGGUCCUGGUGGACUUCCUGGACGUUCCGCUGACAUGCGUGGUCAUCAACCCCCUGGGCCAGGAUACCGGUGUGGUGUGGCUACAGCCUGCCGAUCACAGGUUCUUCUACACUGUUGUGAGCCUGCCUCUGGUCUUACCUGUGGUCAUCUUGGCCAUGGUCUUUGGCUUCCUGUUCAAGGUGGACCUGGUGCUGGUCUAUAGGAAACUGCGCCCCCGUGUGUUCAGGAGGAUGAGAACUCCAGAUGGAAAGCUCUUUGAUGCCUUUGUGAGUUAUCUCCAUGGCGAUGCAACGUGUUCGUCCAGGGCGAUGGCCUUUGCCCUGCACAUGCUGCCUGAAGUCCUGGAGAGACAGCACGGGUACACGCUGUACAUCAUAGGACGAGAUGACACCCCUGGGGAAGCAAUGCACGACGCGGUUGCCCAGGCGAUGGAGAGAAGCCGCAGACUUAUCAUCGUCCUGUCAAGGAGCAGCAUCUCCAGCGUGGAGCAGAAGUCACUAUGGCAACAGGACUAUGACCAGAGUAUGGGUCUGCACCAGGCCCUGGUCCACAGCAGCCUCAGGGUGAUCCUGGUGGAGGCUGACGCCCACGUGGACUACUCUGCCCUGCCAGAGUCCCUGAGAUACAUCCACAUGAAGCAAGGCGCUCUGAGGUGGAAGGCCAGCCCUGCAGGCAGCCCCACGGAGCCCCCCAGUGGACGCUUCUGGAAAUGUCUGAGAUACCACAUGCCCUCUGAGCCUGGAGAGAGCACCCCGGGGACAGUCUGAGGGCUGGCCCCUCUCUCCCUCUCUCGCCCAGCCCCUCUCUGUUUCUUUCUCUCCGUCUCUCACAUCCCCACGCUCCAUCUUCCCCUCUCUCUCUCUCUUUCUCUCUCACAUAUUCCUUCUGUCUCCCUCUCUCCCUCUCUCAUCCAGCAUCUCUCUCACUCUCUCUUUCUUUUUCCCAACACCUUUCUCCCUCUCUCUCGCGUAUUCCCUCUCUCCCUCUAUUUUUCUCUCUCUCACCCAACUUUUCUCUUUCUUUCUCUCUCCCACCCAGCCUGUCUCCCUCUCUUACACAGCUCAGGGAUAUCAAAGUUAGUAGUCAGGGGACACGCCUGGUCUCAUGCCAAUUCCCAUGUCUGAUUAGCCUUGUUGGCAGCAUUUCCCUGCUACUAACACCUGCUGUGCCAUGAUGGGGUUUAAGUCAUUGUAUUUUCAAAGAAAAGAAACAUGUAGCUCUAAAAGCUGACAUGAUCAUGACAAAGUCUGACAUGAAGGAUUUAUACUGAGCUCUAAUUAUAACUUAAAACAUCUUUGUUGCGGAAUAAUAAGUGGAUGUUCUGUAUGUUUACAUUUGUAUGUAUUAUUCAAAAGUGAAGUGCACUUGUAUUUGAAUGUGAAAUGUUUCAUUAUAUCAUGAUAGAAAUGUGAAUUUAUGUAGACAUAUUGUCUAUGAAGUAUGACUACUGAAGUGCCCAUAGUGUUAUUUAAAAAUGUUUUUCUUAUCAUUUUACAGGCGUGUGUUGGUUUGUGUGUGGAUGUGUCGUACCAGAAAUGAGUGUUGGGAGUGACAAUGUAUUACAGUUUUUCUCAAUUGCUAAGACACAUUUCUUGAAUGUGUACUGUUUUCUCCAAACUCUAAACACACAUCUUCAUACUUAGACUGUUUGGCCAAACCCUUGACUUUUGACCCAAAAUCAAACACUGUAGUCAAAAACAUAUUACCUGUCAUAGAAACCAAACUUUGCAUUCAAAAUACACACAAAGCCCUCAAAUAAAUUCAACCUUCUGAAUACCCUUUACACACUGCUGGGAGGAAUUGAAAACUUUUUUAUAAUAGUGUUUUCAUGAACCAUUGACUAUAACUUGUCCCUGAAUUUUAGAUAUGUUCCACCUCAUGAGUUUGACAUGAUGUAAAUCAUAAAGCUCACAAAUACU